UUUUCCUGUGGCAGUCUCCUCGGGAAAACCGUUCUGCCAGAUCCCGCGAUUUGCAGGCCCCGGCCCGCACACCAGAAAAUUACAGUGCACAUUUCUCAAAAUCGUCGACGCCCGCCAACACCCAGCGAGUUGCCCAUUUGAAGAUCACGUCCAGCACCCUUCAAAUCAGUCAAGAUGUCCAAGCGCACGAAGAAGGUCGGCAUCUCCGGCAAGUACGGCACAAGAUACGGUGCCUCGCUCCGUAAGCUGGUGAAGAAGCAGGAAGUUUCUCAGCACGCCAAGUAUACUUGCACAUUCUGCGGCAAGAACACCGUUCGCCGGACGGCUGUUGGCAUCUGGAACUGCAAGUCCUGCAAGAAGACCAUGGCUGGCGGUGCUUACACUGUUGCUACCCCUGCUGCCGCUGCUAUGCGGUCAACUCUCCGCCGUCUCCGCGAAAUCAACGAGGCUUAGACAAGAUUUGGGCGUGUUUUUGCUUUCGGGUUUGGUGUCAUGGCAAAGGACAACGGAGGCUCUGCGGUAUACUUCCAGCCGUUGGGUACGGCGGGUCGAUCAAUGACAAUUCUUUGAGCAACGACAAGGCAACGUUCUCGGGUCACGAUGUCACGUUUGUUGAUGCGGGCGAGAACCGAACCGGCACCGAGGUCCCCCAUUACAACAAUAGCCGGGGAAAGGCCGCCAUGGUCGCCGGAUUUCAGACUUCGCAGUUGUCAAAUGACCAUGACACUUCUCAUUGGCCGCGUAUUCGGCGGCGUCCUCUGUGU